AUGCAAUUGGAAGAAAGAAUAAACAAGAUAUUGAAAAAGUACUUUGGAUUCAAUAGUUUCCGAGAGAAUCAGAGAGAUAUCAUAACCAGUUCGGUUAUUCAAGGUAGAGAUGUCUAUGUUUCGAUGGCAACCGGUGCCGGAAAAUCAUUGUGUUUCCAAAUGCCACCACUCGUUCUACGAAAGACUGCAAUCAUUAUAUCACCUCUCAUUUCCAUUAUGGAAGAUCAACUCUUGAAAUUAUCAUCGUAUGUCAUGUUAUGUUUGGAAAUUUUAGUUAAUCAUCAUCAUCAUCUUAUAAGAUUAGGUAUAAAAGUAUGUCAUUAUUCAGCUGGAACACAAACAAAUUCAGAGAUACAUCAGAAAGUGAUUGGUGGCUACUAUAGGCUGAUUUAUAUGUCACCGGAGAAAGCUAUGACUUCGUUGGAUAUGAUACAGGAGCUGUACGAAUCCGAUACACUUUGCUUGUUUGGCAUCGAUGAAGUUCAUUGUUUAUCGCAUUGGGGACAUGACUUUAGACGUGAUUUCCGUGAUUUGCAUCGGCUGAGACAGUUGUGUCCUGAUGUACCGGUGAUGGCACUAACAGCGACAUCCACCUGCGAAAUACAAAAAGAUGUUUGUGAGCUGCUGAAACUGCGAGAGACAGCGGUCUUUGAGUCAUCGAGGAACCGACCGAAUAUCUUUUAUAAAACGAUCUACAAGUCGUCGGGAUCGAAUGGUCAGACCAAGGAUUUCAAAAGGAUUAUCAAAGUCAUCAACGAAGUCACCAAGAGUAACAACGGCAACUCUGUAUCCACUAUCAUCUAUUGUCCAACGAUUAAUCUCACACAUGAAAUCAACAGUUAUCUCAAAACCACCGGUGGAUUUAAAUCGGAAUGUUAUAAUUCAAAGUUAUCAAAGAACGAACGUUCAAGAAUUCACAAGUAA